AUGUUCAUUCCACUUCCAGAUGGUUGCAAGUCUGCGCAUCACUGUUUAGCAAGAAAAUCAUUUCAGGACUUUAGGAUGCCUGCAAGAAAACGUCAGCCAACCAAAAGGAAAGCAGAAGCGCCGGCGAAAGAAGUAGAUGACAAGAAAAAGGAAAAGCGAGAGGCACUUGCUACUUCUGACCUCAGAGAAACUGGUCAUGUUCUUACACUUGGCCAGGGAGAUGUUGGUCAGUUGGGUCUAGGGGAAGAUAUUUUAGAACGAAAGAAACCAGCGAUUGUGAAAGGGCUUGAUGACCUGGAGAUUGUUCAAGUGGAAUGUGGAGGAAUGCACACUGUGGCCCUCACUAACAAAGGAAAGGUUUACACCUGGGGGUGUAAUGACGAAGGUGCUCUCGGUCGAGUGACCUCAAGCAGUGGUGGGGAGGAGUUUACAGCUGGACCAGUACAAGAGAUGGAAACUGUUAAUGUGAUCAUGGUAUCAGCAGGAGACAGUCACACAAUGGCGUUAUCCGACAAUGGAACUGUGUAUGGCUGGGGAACAUACAGGGAUGCCAGUGGACAGGUGGGCCUUCAAGCAGAUGGCAUCAAGCACAAGCCUACUGUUAUUCUAACCCUUCAAAAUGACCCCAUAAUCAAAAUAGCUUCAGGAAAUGAUCAUACAGCUGCACUAACAAAGAACGGCAACAUAUUCACUUGGGGGUGUGCAGAGCAAGGUCAGUUAGGAAGAAUAAUGGGAUGUUUUACCAGUCGAGGAGGCCGCAGGGGUCUACAGUACAUCUUAAACCCAAAACAGGUGCGAGACAAGAAGAAAGGACUUAAAUUUAAAGACAUUUUCUGUGGCAGCUAUUCGACAUUUGCUGUUGCUCAAGAUGGACCAGUUUAUGCUUGGGGCUUAAACAACUAUGGUCAACUAGGAACUGGAGAUUUGGAAACUUUAUAUGCUCCUGUGAAAGUUGAAUCCCUGACAUCUUUAAACGUGGACAGUGAUAAGUGUGUCAGCAUAGCUAGUGGCCAACACCACACAAUCAUACUAGAUUCAUCUGGCAAAGUGUACGCAAUGGGAAGAGCAGAAUAUGGAAGGCUUGGUUUAGGUGAUGAUGCAAAAGAGACGUCGACCCCAGUUCAGGUUAUGGCAUUGGACGGUAACCCCAUUCGCAAGGUCGCUUGUGGUGAAGCUGUCAGCUUGGCAGUCACAAAUAAGGGUGACUUGUACUCAUGGGGUUUUGGAAGUUGUCUGCAGCUGGGUACAGGGGAAGACGAGGAUGAAUUCUUACCCACUAAAGUUGAAGGGAAGAACUUGCAGUCUGACCUCCAUGAAGUGUUAGGGGUGUCUUCUGGAGGACAACAUACAGCUAUGCUAGUGAAAGACAAGAAACAAUGAGAAAUACAUAAUGCAUAGUAUGCAUACAGUUAUCUGUUACCAGGGGCAGACCCAGAUGAGAUACUGUAAGCUAAGUGAGCAAGGGGGGAGGUUGGUAGUUAACUUAAAGAUAGUGGGUCGAGAGGGAGGGGGAGUAGCAAAGGGAGGACAGUCAGGGGGGAGUAGCUCCUGACCAUUCUGCUGCUGGAUACAGAAAUGUCACACAGUAUCAUUUUUUUUGUUGUUUAACAUCUUUUAAUAUUGCUUUCUCUUUUUCCUUUUUAAUGACAUUAAGUUAUUCAGCUACACGUAUUAAAGAAAUUGUCUUAUUUCUGUUCAAGACAGAGUAACAAAAAUUUCAAUCUGUAGUUUACAAAACAUUCUGUUAUAAUUUUGUCACUCGAUUAAUGUUUAGCAAUAUUUUUUUAAAUUAUGCUACCCAAAUGUUUAAUUAUUAAUUCCAAGCAUGCAUAAAUUAAUCUUCAAGUACAUGUAAUUAACCAUUAAACCUUACAUGAAUAAGUGGAAAUUCAAAUAGGCUUGCUGUAUCUGAAAUAUGUUUGUAUAAUGUACCAACAAAGGAUCAAUUGUUGGCAAAUAUGUAUAGCAAAACUUGCUUUCUAAAUUUGGAGUUCUUUUUUUUUUUUUUUUUUUUCGAAAUAAGGAGCAGGGCCAAACUGUGUUAAAUACAAACUGGCCAUUUGAAUUAAAUCAACUUCAAUGUUCUUUUAAAACUAGAACAAACAAGAACAUUGUACAGUUAGACAGAUACCAUAUAGAUCUAAAGAAUGAUUUUACCCAACCCGUGAAAUACAGUAGUAUACAAUUAGAUUCUAUUAGACAUAACUCUCAAUGUUUUCUUUCAUUAGUUUUGGUUAUUUUUGACUUAUUUUUAGAUGUUUCAUGAGUAAAGUAAAGUCAUUCUAGAUACUUAAAAGAGACUGCUAAUUUGUUUGAAAGAUAGUCUGAAAUCCUCUUUGUUACAAUGUACAUGUAGACUUGUAGGUGAAUGAAUUAUUUCAUAUAAACUUCACAUCCUUAGACUUGUAGGUGUUGCUGAGAUUUCAAAAAUUUACAAGGUUUUGUUUCUACAGUAAGUAGCUUGUCUGUGAAAUAGCUUCACCUUACACCCAUAUUACUGUGACACUUGGAAAACCGUGAACACCAGAAAUUUUUAUGGAAUGUUAUCGUGUAUCAAGGAAAAGGCUAACUAGGUGGGAGAAAACUAAACCACAAACAGCAACAGUAAUUAAAUUUGGUUUGUGGUUUUGAGGUUUGCUUGCAUGUCCUGAACUUUGUUGUGAUUGGUCAUUGCACAAAUUAUUGACCUGUCAGAAUCAAAUUUAAAGUGUUCAUGGUACUUUUGACUUGUACCAAUACCAACUUUUUCUACACCGUGAUUUUUGUUGUCUCCACUAAAACUCUCUCUCUUAACUUCAGUUCUAUAAUGUAAGUAAUAAGGUACUAAACAUUUCUGCUCAUAGCAGCAAUUUUAAUUUAUUUUAUUUUUUGAUACAUGAACUUGACUAUCAAUGUCAGAUUGUUGUGAUGUAUUUUUGCUUUGAUGAUAAAAUUAAUCAUGAAUGAGUUACUCCUUGGAGUUCAAAUGUGGCUGCCAGUGAUAUCAAUAAACUUGUUUUUACAAAAUAGAAAAAGACCUGUUCCAUGACUGUUGACAAAUGGCACCCAGGAAAUCAGUUAAUCAGCCGGUGAAAAUAUUAUAACAAAUUAUAUGUUGUCAAAACUGUUUCUUAGUGGCGAAGGGGCAUCUACAUGUAUGAAACAAUGAAGUUCAAAAGGAUGGGUUUGGCAGUUUUUAGGAAUGGAGGAGUAAAAUAAAUCAAAAUUCUAAAUUAAUGCUGAAGCAUAGGGGUAAAAAAACAAAAGAAAUAAUUAAUUCCAGUUCCUCUUAUUCCUCAAUAAUGCAAAGCAGUUCAUAUUUGAAUCUUCAGGCAGGGAGCUUUCAUGCCCCAUUUGGUCCUAAUUUCAGGCCACUUCCUCAUAGAAGUUCUAUGUGGCACCAUGAGAGGCUCCUGGGAUGACCCCUUUUGAAAAGCCCAUUCCAUAAGACCCUCUUUUUGAGGCCUUUGUUGCGACAUCAACUAUAAAUACUCAGGACUUUCUUCAUGUUGACCAAGCUGA